ACGAAUUUCAAUCUCCGUCAGUCUCAUUUUUUCUCUCGAACCCGACGGAUGCAAAAAACAGCCGGCGAAAUGUCUAAUAACAACACCCGAAUGAUGCUUCUACUUGUGGCUAUCGCCAGUGCGGCGAUUGCCUCCAGCAUUCCGGACGAUUUGGUACACAAUCCCCUGGAAGUCGAUUCGCUGCACAACAAGCACUUUGACGGCGUCGAGCACAAUGCCCAGUUCGACCACGAGGCCUUUUUGGGCCCCGAUGAGUCCAAGAAGUUUGACGGCCUCACGCCCGAGGAGAGCAGGCGUCGGUUGGGCCUGAUUGUGGACCGCAUCGAUGAGAAUAAGGAUGGGCUUGUCAAUCUAUCAGAGCUCAAGAACUGGAUCGCCUACACCCAGCGGCGGUACAUUGAGGAGGAUGUGAAUCGCGUGUGGAAUCGCCACAAUCCGGAGAACAACAAUACUAUCAGUUGGGAGACUUACCAGAAGGCCGUUUAUGGUUUCUUGGAGGAUAUGAGCCCAGAAGAGCAGGAAGCGGAGGACAAUGGCAUCAGCUACAAGAGCAUCCUGAAACGCGAUCGUUACCGCUGGUCGGUGGCCGACACGGACUCUGAUGAUUCCCUAACCAAGGAGGAGUUCGCCGCCUUCCUGCAUCCCGAAGACCAUCCCUCAAUGAAGGCUCUGGUGCUGCACGAGACCUUCACUGAUUUGGACAAGGACAAGGAUGGCAAGAUCUCGGUGGAUGAGUACAUUGGCGACAUGUUCCGACCCUCCAGUGAGGAUGAGGAAGAGCCCGAGUGGGUGGCCAAUGAGCGUGAGGCCUUUUCACAUCAUCGCGAUAUCGACAACGAUGGCUAUAUGAAUGAGGAGGAGGUAAAGCUGUGGAUCACUCCCACGGACUUUGAUCACUCGGAGAGCGAGGCUAAGCAUCUGAUCUUUGAGGCGGAUGUCGAUCAUGAUGACCAGCUGACCAAGGCGGAAAUUUUGGACAAAUACGAUGUCUUUGUGGGCUCCCAGGCCACCGAUUUCGGCGAGGCUCUGGCCCGGCACGACGAGUUCUAGAGCCUAGAGAUUAAGAAUGAUCCUAAGAAUCUCCCACUUCGAAUGCCAAAUAUCUUGUAAAACUCUUCCCUAGACGAUAAGACGAUUGAGAGUACAUUAUACACUGACUUGAAUGCGAGGAUCUGGACUAAUUGAUUUGAUAUGUAUGAUGUGAUUUGUUUAAUUGAAAGGCGUCCACGUCAGCUCUUGCGGAGCAUCAAUGGCCACGUCACUGGAACGUACGCACACACACACACACAGACUCUAUUGACCCCUGCCCCAUUUUCCCGGUCCUCGCCACAGAUACGCCACCGCAUUUGCCUGUGUAACAUUCAUACAUAAACAUAAAUGAUU